AAAAAAAUAUAUUUUGAUGAUGGCUGUCAAUUUCAGUGCCGACUUGUUUUACAUUUCCAGUCUAAAUACCGGAGCCACAUCCAGACCAUUGCUUUAUUAUUCGUGAAUUUUACUUUAUUAGUAUUAGAUUGUUGGAACGGAUCGCUUGUUAUUAGCGGAUUUAGCUGAGAAUGCUAAAUGCUAGCUAGCUAGCCGGCUGUGUUUGUUUUGAGUUUUUUUUCUUUUGUCCCUGUAGUAUUAAAAACAAGCUCGAAUUCGGUUGUCAUCUUGGAAAUGCUUAGUACAUGUUUAAAAUUUUAAUAGAAGUAUCUAAAAUCGUGCCUAAAAUGGGUUAGCUGGUGGUAACUGCGCAUGCGCAUGGUGCAUGGCCUGUCACGUUUUUCUUUUUCAUCCAAGGUGUCUCUGAAAAACGCGAUUUCAGCACGGAGUGUGUUCGUGUAGCUGAGGAGCAAGCUGAUUGAGCUCCAUUGCAGAGGAUUUCUUGGUCGUGUCUGAUCUGAUCUGAUCUGGUCUGAUCUGGUGCACAUCCAGACCCAGGCGGCUCCAUGGUGCUGCGCAGACUGCUGCGGAGGCGCUGGGUCCUGGGGGUCGUGUUCGGCUUCUCCCUCAUCUACUUCCUCACCAGCACACUCAAACAGGAGGAGCGAAGCGUGCGGGAUCGGACUCUGCUGGAGGCGAGGGAAUCCGAUCACCCCAUUGCGUGGAAGGUCAAGUUCAACCUGGGCAACAGCAGCAGGCAGAUCACCCAGUGCAGGAACUCCAUCCAGGGAAAGAGCCUCCUCACUGACGAACUUGGUUAUGUGUGUGAGAGGAAGGACCUGCUGGUGAACGGGUGCUGUAACGUGAACGCGCCACGCUCAGGGCAGUACAUGUGUAAGAGCUGUCUGCCCAACGGCUGCUGCAGCAUCUAUGAGUACUGCGUGUCCUGCUGCCUCCAGCCCGACAAGCAACCUCUACUGGAGCGCUUUUUGAACCGAGCUGCUGAGGGCUUUCGGAAUCUCUUCACCGCGGUAGAGGAUCACUUUGAGCUGUGUUUGGCGAAAUGCCGCACCUCCUCACAGAGCGUCCAGCAUGAGAACACGUACAGAAACCCCCAGGCGAAGUACUGUUAUGGUGAAAGCCCCCCUGAGCUCCUGCCCAUCUGAAGGAGAAAGUAUUUCACACAAAUAUACUACCUCUUCCCAUCUCCGCUCAAGUAUAUUUAAUGGUCUUGAACUGACUGAGUCAGCAUGAAGGCGUAAAGCUGCACCGGAAAAACGAAGGACGAGGCGUAAUCAUGUCCAUGGAGCCAUCUCAACCUCAUCUGUUACCGUCAUUUACAUGAUAUUUUGGGUUUGUGCCACAGAAAUAGGAGUUCCUAUGGUUGCCAGUUUCCUAGAUAUACAUUACUUUAACAGGAAAUGCAUCACUGAACUGAUGUCAGAGGUUGAGGUCAGUCAGAUGUGUGCAAUCUGUCUGGAAUAGCAUGUGGGUGCAAUAACUAUUGCCUCAGUGGCAGACAGUAAAAGGUGGAAUACUUUACAGAAGUCAGAGACCAUAAACCAGAUCAAAUUGUAAGCAAUUCUGACACAGUGAUCACUUGUUAAAGUCUUGCAUGUGAAGUGCUAUGUAUGAAAUCUAUAUGUUAAUUUAAUAAAUGCCAUUUUUACCUA